UUCGUUCUUCAUCGUUUUGGUUUUGAAAACUGGAGGGUGUUUUGAAUCUCAAGUUCGCGAAACCAGAAUGAGGAAAUGGAAUCUGUUAUGGCCGUUUUGGGCCAUAACGAUUGUUCAUGGUGUUGCGAUUCUGAUAUUCGUUAAAGGAUUUCUUCUUACUCGUACUGAGCUUCCUUUUUACAGUCGCUGCUCCGAUGUUUCUCAGUCUCCCUGUUUCACUUCCGAUUCACUUUCUGACAGCAAUCCUUCGGUUCCUCCUUCCUCCGGUGCAGCGAAUUCCAGCCGGUGCUGGACCAAGCCCGCCGUUAACCGCAUCAUCAUCAUUGUUUUUGACGCUCUACGGUUUGAUUUUGUUGCUCCCAGUACAUUCUUUGAAGAAUCGAAACCAUGGAUGGAUAAGUUACGAGUACUGCACAAGAUGGCAUCAGAACGGGGUUUGUCUGCCAAGAUUUUCAAAGCUAUUGCUGAUCCACCCACAACGAGUUUGCAGCGAUUGAAGGGCAUUACGACUGGAGGACUUCCAACAUUUAUUGAUGUUGGAAACAGCUUUGGUGCUCCAGCAAUUAUUGAAGACAACUUGAUUCAUCAGCUUGUUCAGAAUGGAAAACGUGUGGUGAUGAUGGGUGAUGACACAUGGAUGCAAUUGUUUCCUCAUCAUUUUAAAAAAGCAUUUCCCUAUCCCUCGUUUAAUGUUAAAGAUCUUCAUACGGUAGACAAUGGAUGCAUUGAACAUCUUCUUCCAUCCUUGUAUGAAGAUGAUUGGGAUGUUCUUAUCGCACAUUUUCUUGGUGUGGAUCAUGCUGGGCAUAUAUUUGGUGUUGAUUCAAGUCCAAUGAUUGAAAAGCUGGAGCAGUAUAAUUCUAUUUUAGAGAAAGUAGUGGAUGUGCUGGAAAGGCAAUCUGAACCGGGUGGGUUACAUGAAAAUACUCUUCUUCUUGUGAUGGGUGAUCAUGGACAAACUUUGAAUGGCGAUCACGGUGGAGGAAGUGCAGAAGAGGUUGAGACGUCUCUAUUUGCUAUGAGCUUUAAGAAGCCUCCAGCAUCCGUACCAUCUGAAUUUGGCACUUCUUCUUGUCAACUAGAUUUGGAAGGGAGGGAGAUAUGUACUAGCACCAUCCAACAGCUUGAUUUCCCAGUGACAUUAUCUGCAUUGCUUGGAAUUCCUUUUCCUUUUGGAAGCAUUGGGCGUGUAAAUCCUGAGUUAUAUGCUCUAGGUGCUGGUACAUGGAAGUUGGAAGGUAUGAAGGUUGGAAACUACAUAAAUAGCAGAGAACAGGAAGAAUGGAUGCAGAAUUACGUCAAUGUACUUUGUAUCAACUCCUGGCAGGUGAAAAGGUAUAUUGAUAAUUAUACUGCUUCAUCAGUCAUUGGAUUUUCUGAUGAAGACUUGCUUCACACUGGUAGUUUGUAUGCUGAUGCAAUGGAAAAUUGGUCUUACAUUUCAAAAGACUUAUUAUCUAAUAGUGACGGAAUGGAUGUUGUACCUUCUCUUAAGAGGCAAAUUGACGCAUACUCUAAUUUCCUAGCGAGUAUUGCUGAGUUAGCACGCUCUAAAUGGACAGAAUUUAAUUUAAAAUUGAUGACUCUUGGUUUCGGCAUUAUGGUAGCAUCACUUUUUGUCCAUUUCAUUGCUAUAAAGAGGGUUGGCAAACAAUGCGGCAGCUCUUUUGCAACUGAAGAUUGUGGAACAACUUUCGAGUUAAUGCUUUCUUGCUUCAUGGUGGCCAUGCGUGCAUGCAGCUUUCUCUCAAAUAGCUUCAUUUUGGAAGAAGGAAAAGUGACAAGUUUUCUUUUGGCUACUACCGGCAUUUUCAUGCUACGAUAUUCAAUCACAAAGCAGAAACAUUUUCUAAACGUCUUCAUUUUCCUUCUUUUGAUGAUCUACUGUAGAUUUACAAUUGAAGUUGGUCUAUUGAAGCAGGCCGAUACUUCUGCAUUCUUGAAAGCUUAUCCUUCAUGGGUGCUUGAAAUUGCAUCCCUACUGCCUGGUUGGACUUACAUAACCAAAUCUGUGCCAAUUAUUGCACUCAUAUUAUUGGCACAGUUGCUUCUUAAAAACAUUACUAGCAGCCAUUCAAAGGGAGUAUGGAAGUUCGUUAUGUAUGGAACAAUUUUGUGUUAUAUCCUUAUUGGAUUCCAUUGGGCUCUAGAAAAUGAGGUGUUGCAUUUUGCUUCUGCUAUUGAGGGCAUUGGAAAAAAUUGCAUUCCUAGAAUAAUCUAUGCUAUUGGACUAGGACAACUGUCAUUACUACUAUUUAGGCAACUAUUUGGUGAAGACAAACUUUUAGACUGCAGAAUAACUUUAUUAACCAAAACAGCCGCCAUGUUAGCUGCAUGGAGUCCAACAAUUAUUAUUCUAGCGGGAAAGCAAGGUUCCUUGGUGGCUUUGGCAUCUCUUAUUGGAGGAUAUUGCAUAAUAGGCAUGGACAAUCUAAAACACGGAGAGGAUGGAAAUGGUAGAAUUCUGACAGUUGACUGUCUUCCUGUAACGCAGUGGAGCUUGUUUGCUAUCUGUCUCUUCUUUAGCUCUGGCCACUGGUGUGCUUUUGAUGGCCUUCGCUAUGGUGCUGCAUUUAUUGGGUUCGAUGAGUUCGUUCUCGUUCGACAAGCAAUCCUUCUCACAAUCGAUACGUUUGGCUUCUCAGUCAUCCUUCCAAUUUUCGGACUUCCUUUCAUUGUUGCAAAGAAAUAUUCAUCUAGUCAGGCUUCAAAAGGGGAAAACACUCUCUUCAUGCGCUUAUCUCAAGCUUACUUGAUGUAUGGGCUCAUAAUGGCGGUUCCAGUUACAGCUUCUAUAUUGUGUGUCAUAAUUCAAAGGCGGCAUUUGAUGGUAUGGGGACUGUUUGCACCGAAAUUUGUGUUUGAUGUGGUAGCUCUCAUUCUAACAGACGUCUCUAUUUGUUUAGCCACAUUGUAUUAUGUGCCACAUCCAGAUUCAUGCUAGGUAUGGUCGCCUUUCUUCUUCUUUCAUUCAAUUUUAGAGAGAUUUUUGUAUGACUUCAUGAACCUUUAUUUUCUUUAUAAAAUUAAAUGGCUUGUGUAGCAAGAAAACGUUAAA